AUGUACAGUCAGCAGUUUCCUCAGAAUGGCCUGUAUGGCACGCCUAACAUGAUGCCCUAUCAGGGUGUGAUGCAGCCACCGAUUCCUCCGCAGGGAACGGCUCCUGGCAUGGUGUCAAACUACAACAACUCUAACCGUGGUGGCUACGAUGCCUCACAGGCCAAUCGGAACAUGGGACAGCGCCAACCGUCGCGUCAGCGCAAUAACGAGAUCGGCGAGGUGAGCCGUGUCAUUCAUAUGCGUAACAUUACCCCCAACGUGACGCAGCUGAGCAUUCAGAAUCUUGUCCAGAACUUUGGAAACAUUAAACACAUUGUUAUGCUUCGUCAGAUGAACCAGGCACUCGUAGAGAUGGAGUCCACCAAAAGUGCACAACAGUUGGUGGAUUUUUUCCGACAAACAGGCUACGCCGAAAUUGAUGGUCGACGCGUGUACAUCCGUUACAGUAAUCAUCAGUCGCUUACUGCGACUCAACACACAAGCAAGACGUUACUGGUUUCUAUGUUUAACACCCAGUAUGACGUUUCGGCUGCGGCGCAAAUCACUCCCAUGAUUGUGUAUCAAAUUUUUGGCAAUUACGGUAGCGUGCAGAAGAUUGUGGUGUUGCCCAAGAAUGAAUCCAGUCAUCGUAACCACAACCGUGUUCAGGCGUUGGUGCAGUUUGACAGCAAAACGACUGCGGAAAACGUGAAAAGUAUUUUGCAGGGUCAACCCGUAACAAUUGGCGACACGGUUACUUUCACCCUUGACAUUCAGUUCUCGCGCAUGGACGACAUAAAGACGAGCAACCCCGCCAUAUCGCUGGUUAUCAACGAGGAUGGUGUUCCCCAGCCACCGCAACCGCAGCAACUGCCACACCCCUCUCAGCAGCAGCAGCAACAGCCCCCGCCACCGCCGCAGCAGCAACAGCAGCAACAUCAGAUGCAAGGCGGGAACAUGUACCCAGUUAUCCCACAGCAGUGGAACUAA